ACCACAAUCUUUUUAAAUAACAAAUCAAUACAAAACUUUAAUAUACAUACUAACCAUUAAAAUAACCAUGGUACCACAUCAUAUUUGGAAUGAUUGUAUCAAGAUGAAAGAGAGUUAAAUGUUAUUUGCACUCUUUCUUCCCAUCAAAGGUUAACCGUCGCCGGUCCAUAUUUCUCGACCACCGUCGCCGUUGUGGAUUAACACCACCGCGCCGGUCCCUCUAUCUCGGUUGUGGUCCUUAUUUUCUCAUACGAUAAAGGCACUGCUACCACCCAUCUAAACUCACAAUGCAAAAUUUUCCCUUUUGACCACUUCACUCUUCUUCAAUUGGUUAGUCGACCCCUCCGAGUGCUUGUCACAGAGAGGAGAAGAGAAUGAACAAAGGUGGACCAGGUGGCAGUGGGCCCACUGCGGCUGCGGCUGCAGCUGCGGCACAGAAGCAGAAGACGUUGUUGCAGAAAGUGGAAGGUGAUAUUGCCAACAUUGUUGACAAUUUCAGCCACCUCGUUAAUGUUGCCAGGGUAAACGAUCCACCUGUUAGGAAUUCACAGGAGGCUUUUAUGAUGGAAAUGCGUGCUGCUAGGAUGGUCCAAGCAGCUGAUUCUCUACUUAAAUUAGUGUCGGACCUGAAGCAGACUGCAAUAUUUUCAGGAUUUGCUUCUCUUAAUGACCAUGUAGAACAAAGAAAGGUUGAGUUUAACCAACUGGCCGAAAAAACAGACCACACACUAUCGAGGAUUGGAGAGGAAGCUGCAGCUAGCCUGAAAGAACUUGAAUCCCAUUAUUCUUCUUCUGCACAAAAGACUAUUCAAGAUAUACAACAACCAUAGUUGAGAUUCUAUAUCAAUGCUUCUUGCACAUGUCACUUUUAAGAUAUCAUUAGCAUAAAAGUACUAGUAGAUUGUAUCUUUUUGCUCUUUUUUUUGGAAAGCGAGGCUUGACACAAGGGUUAGAGUUGUCUGCAUGAAGAUGAGGUUGUAGGAUCAAGUUGUGGAAUCAGAUUUAUGCAAAUAUAAGACAAGGCUUUGCAGUAGAUUUAAAAUUUAUAUGUUUUCCUUGUUUGGAUGAUUGUAGUUCAUUAUUAGGAAUUGUUAUUCCAUUAUAUAGAAAAUGGAAAACAACAUAGCCUCGCACAUUCUAAAUGCAUGGAUAAACUCAUUCAAAUGAUUGCUAACUAAAUGAAUAGCAAGCAAUAUUUCAUAUCUCAA